GUGGUUAGCGUGAGGGGUCGCUCGCUCCGUGUGCCACUCUUCCAUCACUGCGAAACAUGAAUCAUUGCGCCCUGGCUGCAAUCGCUUGGUGAUCAUGGCGGACAGCGCAAGCGAGAGUGAUACUGAUGGAGCGGGGAGUAGCACGGCCGCCCCACAGUGUGCAUCGUCCUCAUCUUCCAGUAAACCAGGCAUAGUCAUUUCCCCGUUUCGACUAGAGGAGCUGACCAACCGACUAGCUUCCCUGCAACAAGAGAACAAAGUGCUGAAAAUCGAGCUAGAAACGUUCAAACUGAAGUGCAAAGCGCUUCAGGAGGAGAAUCGGGAUCUGCGUAAAGCUAGCGUCACUAUUCAAGCCAGGGCAGAGCAAGAGGAGGAAUUCAUCAGCAACACCCUCUUCAAGAAGAUCCAGGCUCUGCAGAAAGAGAAGGAAACCCUCGCCGUCAAUUAUGAGAAAGAGGAGGAGUUUCUCACUAACGAGCUCUCUCGAAAACUUAUGCAAUUACAACAUGAAAAGGCCGAGCUGGAGCAGCACUUGGAGCAGGAGCAGGAGUUCCAGGUGAACAAACUGAUGAAGAAGAUCAAGAAGCUGGAGAAUGAUACAAUCUCGAAACAGCUCACCCUGGAACAGCUCAGACGAGAGAAGAUUGACCUUGAAAACACGUUAGAACAAGAACAAGAAGCGCUAGUUAAUCGACUGUGGAAACGGAUGGACAAACUGGAAGCAGAGAAGAGAAUUCUGCAGGAGAAAUUGGACCAGCCCGUGUCAGCCCCACCCUCUCCCAGAGACAUAUCCAUGGAGAUCGACUCCCCGGAGAACAUGAUGCGCCACAUCCGCUUCCUGAAGAACGAGGUGGAGAGGCUGAAGAAGAACCUGCGGACAGCCGAGCUGCAGCACACGGAGAAGCGGGCGCAGUACAUCGAGGAGGAGCGGCACAUGCGGGAGGAGAACAUCCGGCUGCAGAGGAAGCUGCAGAGGGAGAUGGAGCGCAGGGAGGCGCUGUGCCGCCAGCUGUCCGAGAGCGAGUCCAGCCUGGAGAUGGACGACGAGCGGUAUUUUAACGAGAUGUCUGCGCAAGGUCUUCGCCCCCGGACGGUGUCGAGCCCAAUCCCUUACACACCCUCCCCCAGCUCCAGCCGACCCAUAUCGCCAGGUCUGUCGUAUGCAAGCCACACAGUGGGGUUCACCCCGCCAGCCACCCUGACCAGAGCGGGCAUGUCCUACUACAACACCCCCGGCCUUCACGUCCACGUGGGCUCCUCGCACGGCAUUGCGCAGAGGCCCUCCCCCAGAAGGAGCAACAGCCCUGAUAAAUUUAAACGUCCGACACCUCCACCCUCCCCCAACACACAGUCGGGGGUGCAGCCUCCACCCCCGCCACCUCCACCAGUUCAGCCAAUGGCAGUCCAGUCCUCAUCUUCCCAUGCAGCUACUUCCCAGCAUUCAGUGCAUCAUCCCUCACAGCCAUAGUGCAUGGCCUCUGCCGCUGUGGACUUGGACAGAGCAAGUUACCGAAAAGCCAAAGGCUUACCUGUCAUAAAUGGAGUGGACGUACUCGCACUGAGAAUAUAUAGGCUUCACUGUAACUGUGUUGUAAAUGUUUAGAAUGCAGCCAGUGUUGUGGCAGUACAACACUAAACCCUGCAACACAUUCUCGUCAGUGCUUACUGGAACUAUGUGUGUCUCGAUUUUUUUUUUUUUUUUUUCCUUUUCAGAUGCAUCGAUACGUUUACCACUCCAUCUAUGAUAUGAAAGAUGUAAUUGUCAAAUUUCGUAAUAUUCAAGUUUAAAGCCUUUGAGGUCUGAUUUGUUAAAAGGGAACCUGUAUCUAUAUCUCCCUGUACAGCUUCAAGUCAGACUGACCACAGAAUUAGUUUGAAGUAUCCUUGCCAGGAUAUUAGAUUUUCCAACCAUUGUAGAUUGAGCACUACAUUUGAAAUGCACAGUGUUGAUAAAUACUGAUAGAGACACCCGCUAGCUGUCAGUGUUUGUGUGAUUGAAAUGCACAGUCUCUUUGGGUGUAAAACAGUGCUUCAAAUAUCCUUAGUCUUUUGGGUUGAAAAAAAAAAACGCAUUCAUUUCUGCUAUGAAAAUUAUAUAAAUAUUCAACUUCAAGGUACGGCAGAACAAGAAAAAUAAUGUAGUUUGAAAGCUUGUAUAAUAAUAGUAUCUCUUUUCUUAGUGUGGGAAUUCUUGAUAUUAUUUAUGUAAACAUGUAAAAAAAAAAAAUGCUUUUGUGCAUAUGAAAUCAUUGAUCACAAGGUUUUUUUUUUCUUUCCUCUUUGAACAAAUUUUCUGAGCACAAACCAUAAGUGCUCCCAGUAGAUUCAGAAAGAAAAGAUGUCAUCAUUGCUUCUGAGAAACACAAGAAUUUGGUUCAAAACAGCAUAACAGACAGCGGUGUACUGGCAAUCCAGCAGAACUCUCAAAGCAGGGGUCUUUCAGAAAAUUAACAACAACUGUCCUAUUCACAGUUUAGCUAUAUUUGUUCAUACAAGUAUUGUAUGGCCUACUGAACUGACUAAUGUUCAAUACUUUGGUUGUGACAAUGUUCAUACAUUCUUUGCACCGUUGUAAGAAGUGAAUCAGUUAGCAGUGGACUGACGGUACUUGGGUUGUUUAAAUGACAGAAUAUAAGGCUAACAAUGUAUUGCUGGCUGCAAGUUUUCAUUUGACCCGAUAUUAAUCGGCCGUACAUUUAAAAACAUUACAUCUCUGCUGUAAUUCCGAAAUUCCAUGAAGAAAACCACCCUCUUGAAUUUAAAUUGAAAAAAACGUUAGGAUUCUCAGCUGUGACUUGCGUCUUUCGCCUAAUGUGGUAAAUAUUUCAACAUGCAGUGUCUGUAAUUGCCAUCGCUGUGAUCUUGCUGAUCUUAUAGAAUAGCUCCAUGAUCCUCAGAUCAUUGUUAAAUACUGCAGUGGUAAAUGGCAAACUACAUUACUUGCAAUAAUGGCACGAGUGAACAUACCAUGAAAGAGAGACGUUGUGCGUAUGUACAUGUGUGUUUUUAAGCUUUGCAGAGCUUGUGUUGAAUUCUCAGAAAAAACAUCUGCCUGUAAUUAGUCUUAAACUCUGAUUUCAUCUACCAUGUUGCUGACUGAUUUAAGUGAAACUUCUUGCCGUCCUCCAGUUUGCAGAGGUAAAUAAGUUAAUUAUGGAUUGACCCCUGGAUCUAAGUCCUGUCUAUCAAAUAACCACAUUCAUAUUUUAAGUGGCUUUGAGGACACUUGCAAAACAAACAGAAAUUUGUGGUCUUUUGAUGAUAUCUGUCAGUUGCCAUAACACUGAGGCUGAAAAACACAAUUCACAAAAUCUGCCUUUACUGCUAUGGUGACUUUCCCCUCCACCCAUUGUUUAGCAUCAUUGUAUAACAUUUUGACUUAAGUAUUUUCACUGAAGAUUUGGGGCUUGUGUUGGGAUGAAUUAAAUUUACAUCAGUGGUGAAUUUUUAUAUACAGGGUGCCAGGCACUCAUUCAUUUCCUUUUUCUGUUUUUUGUCUUUUUUUAAAAUUUCAUGUUGUAAAUAUGCUUAAUUUCAUUGUUAUAAGAAAUUGUUUACCAGUGAAGUGUUCAUACACAUUUCAUAGUUUUACCAGGCCCAUUCACGAGUAUUUUUUUUUUUUCUUCCUGUUGAAUUUGGGGUGGGGGGUGUUUAUAUCUUCAACAGACUGUUGACAAAUGAAUGUAAAGUUUGCUCAUGUUUUACUGCUAUCAUUAAUGGAUGGAACACCUUCGAGCCUUAACUCACUGUGGUAUUGCUCAUCGUCAGCAUUAUCUAGCUUUUCCCCACAUGAAUAAUUAAAGCCUUAAUAUGUGGUAUGA